UUUCUCUUUUUUUUUUUUAAAAAAAAACUGUUUCAAAAUUCAAGCUCCAAAACGAAGCCUUCAAAUUAAUCCCAACCAAAACGUCAUCAAACACGCGCCACCCUCAAAAUUCAACAACAUGAUGGAACCUCCUAAGCCCGAAACGGACCUCGAAUCUCAUGUGCCGAACGGAGACUCCACCGCCGGAGGCGUAACGAAGGGAUCGGGAUCGGAAUCGCAGGAUCCGACGGGACGCACUGCAUCAUCGUCCGGUAGCGUCAAGAAAUCCGUGCAUUGGAGCCCCGAAUUGGUUACCGAAACCACGUUCACAUCUUCCCCUCAUGAAUCACGUUUCAAUCCAUACUUUUCUUCUUCUUCUUCCUCUUCUUCUUUCUCUCAAUCCUCACCCUCAUUCAUGGAGACGGUGGUGACUGUUCGUAAUGUGCUGGGAAGAUGGGGUAAGAAGGUGGGAGAGACAACUCGGAAGGCUGAGACUCUCGCUGGAAACACUUGGCAGCACUUGAAAACAAGCCCUAGCUUUGCUGAAGCUGCUGUGGGAAGAAUUGCCCAGGGAACAAAGGUCCUGGCAGAAGGUGGAUAUGAAAAGAUUUUCCUGAAUACAUUUGAGACACUUCCAGAGGAACGGCUUAAGAAUUCUUAUGCAUGUUACCUAUCCACAUCCGCUGGCCCAGUAAUGGGUGUUUUGUAUAUAUCGACAGCAAAGAUUGCAUAUUCUAGUGACAAUCCUAUUUCUUAUAAAUCUGACAACCAAACAGAAUGGAGCUAUUAUAAGGUAGUCAUCCCAUUAUAUGAGCUAAAAGCAGUGAACCCUUCAUCAAACACAGCCAAUCCUGCUGAAAAAUACAUCCAGGUGAUCUCUGUCGACAAGCAUGAAUUUUGGUUUAUGGGCUUCUUGAACUAUGAAGGUGCUGUGGACUGCCUGCAAGAAGCUCUUCAAGCCGGCAACUUUUUACAAUCACAAGCAUAGUCUGUUUAUACGUUCUAGAGUUUCAAGCCCCCAAAUAUGUGCUGUCUUUUGCAAGAGUUUGUAGAUUUGAUCAUUAUGGUCUUGGAGCUGUUGAUAAAUAUCCCGCCAAUUUUUUUGGCAAUUUUGUGGAUAUGAAUCUUCCGUAGGGUUCAUUAUACCUUGGAUCUUUUGAGGGGAUCCAUUAGAUUAGUUUAGAAAAGUAUAUGUUGACUCUUUCUGUUUCUCGUUAUCUUGCAUGCUCUAAUUCAAAAC